AUGGCCACCAAGCCCACGAACGAAGAUCAAGACCGUGCUGCUCAAGCCUCCAUCCCCGUCAUGCUCGACCCACCAUCGCUCCGGCCUCACGCGUCAUCGCCGUCACCGGAAGCCUCCGCCUCCACAUUCCGCUUCGGAUCGAUGCCCCCUGCUGUGGAUCCACCUUCUCCCAACAACAUCCACCACUCGGAGCCCGAUUCCAGCAACCAUUUGGAGCUCGAUUCCGACGAUGAGGAUGUGGAUGAGGUCCUGUUGGUGGACUCGCCACCACUGCUUCCUCGUCCUGGUGGAUCCUGGGCGCAUUCAUCGUCGCCGCCUCUUGACGCACCAAUGCUGGAACAGUCACCUCCCAACAGUUGCAACUUCGACCACCGGCGAUCCAUCCCCAACUUGUCGACGACUAAUCUGCACAGCUCCGUGGACACUCCACCGCCGCCGCCGCCGCCACUCAAUCAACGUCGGCCACAGCCUGACGGUGACCUAGUAGUGCCUCCAACGCCCGAGUCAGAGCCCAAGACAAGCCUUACCUACGCCGAUAUCGUCUUCGAGUUCGCUUCGCUGACAGCCCUUCGUACUCUGCUUCUUCAAGCAUCAAGUCAUCUAGGAACACCUGGUGGAGAAAGGUUGAGUAUCCACGGGAGGAGCUGCGCCACUCACCAAUCCAUCCAAGUUGCAAAGAUGGGAGCACGACUCGUCUCUCUCCCCGCAUUCGAAAGAUCAUUGAAGGCCGCUGCUUCAUUUGCCUUGCACGAGGUCACUGGGCUGCCACUUGCCGAGAGCCCAUCACCUGCUUCCAGUGCCACCGCUCGAGCCAUCGUGAGCAGGAUUGUCGUCAGCGUCACCAACAUCCCCAUCAAUCGGCCAUGCCUUGUCAUCCACCUCUGCCGCAAGGUCUUCCACGGGAGGAACAAUCAUCAGAUACAUGCCAUGGCAGAAAAGCUGAAGAUACCUUUGGCGUUGAAUCAAGACUGGUCAGGCGUGAACCAAGCAACAAUAACUGAACCGAGCCAGGAACCAAAGAGCUGGGGAGACCAACUUCACAGGACCAAGGAGAUUGCCCCUAGUGGUUCCCCAGGGAAAGUGGCGACAACAUUCAACAAGAUCAAUUCUUCUUUGUCCAACGGAUCAGCAAUACCGGAGGUUACAAUCCAGGAUGUCGAAGAUGCCCUUCUUCAAAUAGAGAUUGCUGCAGCUAAGGAACCCCCAUUGCAUUCCAUCUCAUGUUGCUCACCUACUCAUGAUGCCGGUGGGGAAUCUGACUCACUUCUACUCUCCCCAAUCUCAACAAAUGUUGAGCCCUCUUGUCCUGUGGAGAUCGACACAAAUGUUGAGCCCUCUUGUCCUCUGGAGAUUGAUGCAUCGUCCCCUGUGCUAACAUGCCAUCAGCUCGAGGAUACAGAACUGGCAAAGGCGACCUUGGAGGGGGCGACGAGGCUCAGGUUGAGGAGGUGUCGUUUUCGCCCGGGUUGCGUGUACACCAGGCGUUCGUGCUUCGGGUCUGAACACCCCCAUCGUGGCUUUGGGGCUGCCGCUGGGGCCGAGCCUUGCAUGGACAUUGGAGGACAGGAACACACUUCGCCACCUUCGCCAGAGGAUGCUGGCCAGUCUGCACGUAAGGUAGCGCUGGCAAACUUCAUCCAGUCAAUAACCAAGUUUGUCCAACAACCCCUGCUUCCUCCACAACAUGGACUAAUGAAGCCACGGAGGGAAAAGAAGAGGCCGAGCAAGCCGUCCCGGUGCAGUGCGCGUCUAGCAGCCAUUGCUUGGCCGCGUGGUGAUGCGCAGAGCAAAGCAAGGCAAGUGCUCAUGAAGCGGUUGGGCGUCACACAGGAAGAAAGCGAAACUAUAGAGAUGACCUUGCAGCGCUACCUCAACCUCUUCAAAGGUCCGAUGUCCGACCUUAUCAUCAAGGCGCUGGUGGCACUCAGUGGCCUCGACAGACCAGCCAUGUCGAGGCAAAUCGUCAUGGGAGGAUGUCUAGGCGUUUAG